AUGUGAAGUUAGACCCACAGCCUGGUGACUGCUGUGCAAACUAUGAGGAUGUGAUCAGAUACUUUGCUGUCUCCUUGGUAACCAGAGGCUGACGCAACCAACCCCCCCCCUCCUUUGUUGCUCAUUCAAAAACACGAGGAGAAUCAGAGAAGCGCGAGCGAGCGCACAACUCUCCUCUUUCUUCACGCGCGUCUCCUUUACCUCACUCAUAUAACCGGAUUUCCUAAAGCCUCUUUUUUCCCCUGAGGCCAGAAAGAAAAAUAACUAUAUGUUGGCUCAAGCAGAAUCAGAAGAUGUGGAUAUUCUCUAUUUGGAAAUAUAAGAGGAUGAAUUACAUUAAUCUCUCCAUUCCCUUUUGCCCGCAAACUCAUUUGCACUUCCAAAGGUCCAGAUCAGCUUUAGUAGUCAGCUAAAGCGAAAACAUAGCGAUCAUUAGCAUUUCAUUUCAUCUCCAGUUUAUUUUUAACUGCUCCUGGGUUUGGGUAAUAGACAAGCCAUGGACACACUGCAACAGAUUAAUGUAAAAAGCGUCAGUAGCCUGGGUUGUGAUCGUUUGGAGGUUGCAACAGAUGACCACUUGAGAAAUUUAAAGGAGUUGGCUGAGAGACUAAGACUACAGACCAGAAGACCCUCCUAUCAUGAGUGGAAGGCUCAAGUAGAAGCUUCGAAGUCCACCGUGUUAAGUCAAAGUGAAGAACAGGAGCAGACAGAUGGACCUGAAAGAAAUGAUCACGUGUUGCACCUAAAUGAAGAGUGCAGCCUGACUUCAAGAAAACUGAAAGGGUUUGGGAAUAUUGAUGAAGCUCUCAGCUGGCUGAGGAAAGAACUGGAGGAGAUGCGUGUGCAGGACCAGCAGCUUGCUCGCCAGCUCAUGCGCCUACGAGGAGAUAUCAACAAACUGAAGAUUGAGCAGACGUGCCACCUGCACCGACGGAUGCUCAACGAUGCCACGUUUGGCCUGGAGGAGCACGACGAGCUCUCUGAUCUUCUGUGUGAUAGUCCUGUUACACCUGGCUUCGGUCUGUCAGCGCCUCUCCGCCUGAUCGGUGUCACCAAAAUGAACAUAAACACAAGACGCUUCUCGCUCUGCUAGCCUGAAAAUAAACUUAUGAGUAAAUAGACUCACGUGUACCAUGUCUUUGAUGCAAAAACAAAGAUCUUACAUAAAAAUGUAUUAUAGUGGAAAAAGUGUUAGCUGUAAUGAUGAGCGCACAAAUUCAUUUGCUUGCACUGCUUUCAUUGCCUUCUGCAUUGUACGCAGUACGCUGUAAAAUUUUAAUUACACGUCAAGCCUUAUAAGCUAAAUCAUAAAUAAAAAAAAAACACAUGAACAGUUAACACACAGAAUAUGGAGAAAUUAUGCUUUUAAAAAAAUCGAAAUAAUUUUCUACUGAACAAUUUUCUAAAGACAUAAUUCUAGCAAGGUACAGGACAAAUAAUCUUAAAUAUUACAAAUAGAAGAAUAAACACAAUAGGUCAGCUUGACUUAACCUGCAUAAAGCUUAUUGAUUAGUUUUUACUUCAGUAGAAAGAUUUUCACGUAUGACAAACUUUCUCAAAUCAGGACCUCAGUAAUUUAUCCUUGGGAAAUUUCAGGAGAAUCUGAUAAUAGAAAUGUUAUUUUAACAUCUAAUUUAAUAUCAUGAACAUUUUUUUAUCUGCUCUGUAUCUUCUUCUUCUUCUUUCGGCUUUUCCCUUCAGGGGUGUCCACAGCGAAUCAUCUCUCUCCACCUAUCCCUAUCUUCUGCAUCCUCAACACUUGCACCCACUAGCUUCAUAUCCUCAUUUAUUAUAUCCAUAUACCUCCUCUUUGGCCUUCCUCAUUGCCUCCUGCCUGACAGCUCCAUGUCCAACCUUCUCCUACCAAUAUACUCACUCUCCCUCCUCUGAACAUGUCCAAACCAUCUUAAUCUGGCCUCCCUAACUUUGUCCCCCAAACAUCCACCAUAAGCUGUCCCUCUGAUGUACUCGUUCCUUUUAUCUGCUUUGUAUAUAAUAAAGAAUUGACAUUAAAAGCUUAUAAAACACA